AUGUCUAUGUACACAGUGAAAAUACGUGCAACUGGGUUCUUCGACUUCUUCCGCUCAGGUCGAUUCUUAUUCAUAGGGUAUGCCGCCCAUGACUAUCAACUCGCCCCAAUUUAUUGGCCUGAGGAAUAUCAAGAAUUUUUCGAGCCAUCACACAAUAUCAUACGUCACAUUGGAUUGCUGGCAUCUGAUCAUAACUUCUCAAGUUCUGGAUUUCUCGAAGAUAUUCGCCCACCGUUUUGCGGGCCCAGCCCACAAGGUCUUCUGUGUCCCAUCUGGGUGCUCGAACGACUGAAUGGGAUUCCGUUCAACCCCGCACGAUUCCCAAACGGUUUCCUGACUCCUGUCCCUCCCAAUUCCGUUAACUUACCCGUGCAGGUAUCUUGGAACACCUUUGAUCCGUUCGUCCAGCAACAAUCACUCUCGUUCUCUGAGAUGUUGCUCCCUCUGUCCAUGGAUUUUGACAAUGAUCGCACUGUCGAUCUCACUGUCGCAUCUACGGUAGACGACAUGUUUGAAUCUGCCUUUGACGAUAGCAGCUUCCUUAGCAAUCCGCUCAUCAUUGAUGGGGCAGAUGUUCCUCACGCAGAACUUCAUUGGAGGUUGACGGUCAGGGACGAUUCCCUUGACUGCAAUCAAAAAAAGUCACUCAAACUCGCGUUGCUGACGUCGUGUUGGGGGCGCCCAAUCAAGUUGGCAAGUCAUAUCUAUGUGGGCCACAUAUUGGUUGGGAUGCCCGCCAAUCCAUUCUCUAUGCGUGAGCCGGACUGCAGGCAGCUGAUAACUACCAGCUUCUUGAGAGCCCUCCAUCUCAACCUCAAAACAUACGAACAAAUACGUGAAAUACCUUUGACAGUUGUGAACAAUGUCGACAGCAAGACUUGUGUGUAUUGGUCUCAAUUGAGAACCAGGUUCCUAGAUUACCCCAUAGAUUUUACUUCCGAGCUGAGGAAAGUAGUAAGGGGUGGGACGACUCCAGAUGCCGGGUUUGGGAACAAAACGGAGCAGGAGGCCCAGAUGAAACUUCACAUCAUCGAUUUGAUGAACUCUGGUGACGAAAACAUGAUUCAAGAAGCCAUCUGCCAACUUAUAGCCACUCAAGGGUUUAUGGAAAUCCUCUGGGCUUCCUUAUACCGACCCAUUGCUGACUUUCCUCAAGGCCAAGCGCGAUUGGCAGAUCUUUAUCCCGAAGCCAUCCAAACCUUGACGGGUUAUCUUGGAAAGGGUAUCGUAGGUGUACUUGUUACCCUCAUGUAUCAGUCAUUCAUACCGGCUCACGCGGAUAGGAUACAGCUGAAAACGCUGGAAGUAUACCCUCACAUCAUGUCUGCCCUAGAUGUGAUGUAUGCGAAUCCAUUCCGUUUCGAGACCUUUUUUGAUGUGGCCCGGAAGCUCCCUCACAUACGGGAGGCAAAUGUGUUGUCCAUUGACCCCAAGACUCGUAAUGCGAGGCUAAUCUUAGACCUCGUCACGAAUGACAGAUAUUCACCAGUGUUACUUCACAACGCUUCUGCCUCUAUAGUAAAGAUUCGGAUUAGUUACAGUUGCUUUGAGUCCAUGAACGAAAUUACACGACGGCGCUUGCGGGACAUUCAAGCCGGCCGCCUCCAGUGCCGAAGUCAGGAUAUGAAUAUUCUAGAUGAGUCUGUUGAGUGCCCAUCGCAGCACAACACUACAUUGACAAUCCCGCAACAGGAGAACAUGGCAACGUUAGCGUCCCAACAGCAAUCUGCGACGCUGUCUGAUCGUGGUAUUGGGAUCUGGCCGACGCAAUUGCCCCGAUAUGCCGAAGUGGUAUCACUUACAGAUGACGCAUAUGAGGAUAACUUGGUCUGCAAGAGGGAAAUAAGUGAUCCUCCUAUACGGAGACUGGCAAGAAAUGCGUAUAUGUUGACGAACUUGAGGAACUCGAGAAGUCUACAGACACUCGAUGGGUUCGUAAAUGCAUCACGAGCCGCGGCGAAAGAAGAUGCGUGGACGUUGGUCGUCCAGCCAACGGUCUUUAUGGGCGAAGAAAGGUUUCAAUAUUAUUAUGUAGUCCCUGGCAGUCGCAUCAUUGCCUGGCUGGAGGAUCUAGAUGGCUACAUUCUCUUCCGAGCUUGUGUCAAGCCAAGCGAAUGGAGGCACAAAAGACUUGAAUUAGAAGCUCAAUAUUGGAAACAUUUCGAGUACUUUCCACAUGAUUUGAGAAUGUCUCGAUCGGAAGUGAGAUGUAUACGAGGAGAACUGGUUUGCUACCUUGCAGAAGCAACGACUUUGAGACAAUCCACUGUGGCGUCCAUAUUCUGGACUUUGGAUGAGAUGAAUCAAAUUGUCGGUCAACUGGCCUAUGUUGAAGAAAUCACGGAGAAUGAUCUGGUCCCAGAAACCAGAGUCGUAUCAUGUUGUUUGCAGAAUCAUGUACAUGCUACAAACAUAGGACAUCACCAGUAUUUGCACCGCCAUAACCAACCUGAGGCUUGCCUAAUCCGAACACAUACAGUAAGAGAGAAGCACAGAAAGUUCAAACUUCUGCAUUUUAUGGGCAACGCCGCAGCUACGAUGUUCUGCAUGCCCAUCACUAUUGCUCGUGUCAAGAGCACUUCUGUCGACGGUAUCAUAAAUGGGGUAGAAGUUCAGUCGUUUAUCAAUGAUUUCAGCAGUCAGACUCGAAAUCAAAUCACCCUGGCAGGUAUCUCCAUGGCCUUGGAUAUUGCUAUUCUUGCCAUCCCAUGGUUAGGCCUAUUAUCUGCGAAAGAAGAUGGUGAUGCUUCUGGUUAUUACAAGCAUACCGACUUGUUUUUGCAUAUUGAGCUUGCUCAUGGAAUCACCAUCAGUGUGACAACUUCGAUACUUGGAUUUCUCGCAGGUAUCACUAUAGACUUCAAGCCAUCCGCACCCUCAGUCAUUGCGUGCUUUGCUAUGCUUGCCGUUGUGGUAGUUACGGUCCAGGCCCAGCUAGGAUAA